AUGGUUUUUAAAUUCUCAAUCGAUGAUUUAUUUGAUAAAUAUCUACCUUCAAAUCAAUUAUAUAGACUACCUAGACCAAUAUCUCAUUUUUUGGGAUAUCAUAAACCACCACAUAAACCAACUCAUGAUUAUUGGAUAUGGCUAGAAACUUUAAUUGGUACAUUUUGUGGAUUAUCACUACUAAUGGGGAUAUUCAAAAACCCAAAUAUUUUCACAGAUCAUCAUCAUGCACCAAUAAUAUUAGCAUCUUAUGGAGCUUCAGCCAUAUUGUGUUUUAAUGCUUCUCAGGUUCCAUUAGCACAACCUAGAAACGUUUUAGUGGGACAUUUUAUUAGUGCUUUAAUUGGAAUGAGUGUACAAAAAUUAUUUAGUUUGAGUGAAACUGGACAAAAGCAUUAUUGGGCAAGUGCAGCAAUUAGUGUAUCAAUAAGUUCAAUAGUAAUGUCAAUGACAAAUUGUAUUCAUCCACCUGCUGGAGCAAGUGCUAUAUUACCAAGUAUUGAUGAACAAAUUAGAUCAAUGAGUUGGUGGUAUUUACCAGUACAAAUUAUUAGUUCUGUUUUAAUUAUUGUUGUUGCUUGUAUUACUGGAAAUGUAUUUAGAAGCUAUCCUGUAUAUUGGUGGAGUGCUGGUGCUGGUCUAGCCAAGAAGAAGAAACAAAUAAUAAAAGAUGAAGAAACUGAAGUAGGAAAAAUGCAGGAUAAUGAGAGUAACGCUAAAGAAGGAAAAGUUUCUGAUUCUAGUGAUUAUACAAGAAACGAAAGUAAUAAUGAUGUACAAGUCACUGAAACUAAUGAAGAAGGAAUAGAUAGAUUAAAAGGAACAGAUAAAGUUGUUAUAACUAUGGAUGCAAUUACAAUACCUGAAUAUUUGGAUUUAGGAGAAGUUGAAAGAGAUUGGUUAGUAUCACUACAACUGAAAUUAUGUAAUUUAGAAAAUGAACCUUCAACCAAAGUACAUAGUCAUGGUGAUUAUUCAAAAGUAUAG